AUGUCGUACUAUAUAUCUCAGGUCACACCGACCGAGCGUGGUGAUAAAGCCAUCCGCAUAUGGACCCAAGCCCAGGAUACCUGGAACUGUAUAAAUGUGUUAGAAGACGCGCACACACGAACAGUCAGGCACGUGUCCUGGUCGCACGAUGGCAAGUUCUUGGCGUCUGCGUCGUUUGAUGCGACAACCUGUGUGUGGGAGCGCGUGGAAAAUGACUGGGAGUUAGCAGCCACACUGGAAGGACAUGAAAAUGAAGUUAAGUGUGCCGAAUGGUCCAGCAACAGCCGCCGCCUGGUCACGUGCAGUAGAGAUAAAUCCGUUUGGAUCUGGGAAGAUGAGGGCGAUUGCGAUUUCGACUGCAUGUCUAUUCUGCAAGAACACACACAGGAUGUUAAGUGCGUGAAAUUUCACCCUCAGGAAGCGAUUAUUGCGUCUGUAUCGUACGACGAUACGGUGAAGUUAUAUGGAGAAGACGAUGAUGAUUGGGAGUUGUUCGAUACGCUGAAAGACCACACAUCGACCAUUUGGUGCAUAGACUUCGACUGCACCGGUGAUCGUAUGGUGACGAGCGGGGACGAUAAAACUAUCCGCAUCUGGCAGGCAUACCAUCCCGGAAACGCGCAGAAUAUAGAUACACCCGAUCACAGUCACCCGAAGUAUGUCAAUGUGGCUACGCUGGAGAAUGUGCACACGCGUCCCAUCUUCCACUGUGCCUUUUCUAAAGUGACAAAAGGCAAGGAGCGGAUCGCCACGGUGGCUGGGGAUGAUUCGUUGGUCAUACUUAAGGAGGCGGAUGUCAGCGACCGAAACGCGCCGUCAUGGGAAGUGCAAUUCAGGGAACCUCAAGCACAUACGCAGGAUGUCAACUGUGUAUGCUGGCAUCCCACGGACCCGAAUAUGUUAGUCACGGCCGGUGAUGACGGGUGUAUAAAUAUCUGGCGCACGGCUUCAGAGUAG